AUGCUCAUCGAACUCUCUGUUGGCGCUCUUCUCCUGGUUUUUGCUUACUUUAUUCUACAGAAUUUGGUGGGAUCUUCGACAACAGAGACUAUUCAUGUUGAUGGAGAGGUGGAUAAGGAUUUUGAGCACGUCAGAGACGUUUUCAGGCAAGUUCUUAAAAAAUAAAUCGUUUUUUUUUAUCAUUUAUGCUCUAAAUCUAUACAGUGUAUGUCUUGUAGCAGCGCCACACGACUUCUUUUUUUGAAGCGGUAGCCGUAAAAAUAGUCUUAAAACUCUUACCUCUUAUCAGAAACCGUUUAUAACGUUGUUAUCAGCGUUUUCACGAUGAUGAAAUUCGAAUGAAUUUUCAUGCCAAACAAAAAAUGUAGCAUACUGUUGUCGAACCCGUGUGCAAACAGAUUUUGAAACCGUUACCGAUUAAUUUUUUAUCGGUGCUUGCGCUUUCGCCCCGCAGAAGUGAUCGCCGGUUUAUAUCGACGUCUUUCCCGCUGAUCGUAAACGUACAUUUUGAUUGGGAAUUUCCCCAAAAGGAAGAUUUUUUACUGUAAUCAAACGGGGAAGGGGGAUAUGAGUUUGUGCUUGCAAAAUGGGUGCAAAAUUUAAAUUUCCAAACUAUACAAGAAUAAUGUUAACUUGAGACAAAUUUAAGUCUAUAAAAUCAUGCUUUUAGGUCCAAUUUCUUCAAGGACUGGGAGCCCUGCGGAGCGGCGUUAGCUGUUUUCUACAAAGGAAAGCUCGUUGUGGACCUCUGGGGCGGCUACGCGGACAAAGAAGCGGAGAGAAAAUGGUCCAAAGACACUCUCAACGUAACUUUCUCCUCGACCAAAGCAGUCAGUGCCCUUUGCAUUGCCAAACUAGUGGAUGAAGGAAGACUGGACUACAAUGACACCGUUACAAAAUAUUGGCCAAAAUUUGGCAAAAAUGGAAAAGAAGAUAUCACGGUCCAAUCGGUGAUCUCACAUACCGCCGGACUACCCUAUUUUGAGAAAGAAAUUUCAUAUGAAGAUGCGUUGAAUGGUCAUGAAAAGAUUAGGGAGAUAAUUGAAGAAGAGCAGCCAAAAUGGACCCCAGGAAGUCAUAUUGGAUAUCAUCCGCUGACGUACGGAUGGCUGGUGGAUCAAUUGGUCAGACAUGCGGAUUCAAGGGGAAGAUCGCUGGGGCAGUUUUACAGAGAGGAGAUUAGAGACAAGUUGGAAGGCAAGUUUGAUAUCCGAAGGGUCAUAAGGGCGUUGAACGUCUCUAGAAAAUUCUUGCAAAGCGAGAACCGAAAAUUUCAAAGACCAUUUUGGAAAACGCUGUUCUGAAAUUUUUUCAAGUCUGAUUGAGCCUAAAGAGGUCCCUGACCUAGGAGACCCGUCGGCCGAAUCAGCCCCCUAUUGUAGAACAAGUUCAAAAUGAAGGAUGCACGUUAAAAAAUCCUACAAAUUGAAAAAAGGGUGAAAAAGCAUCGUAUAAGAUGUCACACCCAUAUUUCAAUUUUCAAAAUUUGUUUUUCGUCAUCAACAUGUAACCUCUCAUUUCUAUUUUUUUCUUAUUUGGGCCUCUUUGAUUGAAGUGGCUCUCCUUUUUGGGUCCCUUUCAUUUUGGAGGCCUCUUCGGUUGGGGGCUUCUUCGUUUCAGGGGCUUCUUCGGUCAAAAGGUCUCCUAGGUCAGCGGGCCUCCUAUGCUAUAAUGGCCAAAGUCACCAAGGCUGCCGGGGCACUCCUCGAUGCAAAAUGAAGUUUCUACAUCUAUAAUAUAAAAAUUUUUCAGACAUCGACUACCAUCUUGGUCUACCUCGUUCCGAAUUCCAUCGAGUGUCGCGAUUGCAGUUGCCUGAUCGCUGGCAGCGACUAAAGGAAUUCCUCCACAAUCCUCAUGCCGUGUAUUACUGGCAUUACACGAAGGAUUUCUGGAACAAUGGGCUGCUGGCUCUGACAAAUGCGCACAUUCCGUGGAUGCAGUUUAUUUUUGUAAGUAAAAUACGUCUUUAAUAUUUUUUGUAAUUAUUUUUCCGACUAGAAAUUUAAGUCUUUGUAUAAAUUGUUCUAUAUUUUUUAGAAAAUGAACUUCAAUAAUCCGGAUCUCUGGGUUUUGGAGCAAGGCGCGGUUCUGGGAAUCGGAACGGCCAGGGCUUUGGCAACAUUGUUUCAAAAGGCGGUCAUGGAGGACGGACUUCUGAAGCAAAAAACGAGGGAGAGAUUUUUGACUCCAUGCAAAGAUGGGGAAGAUAUUGUAACAGGUGCUAAUGUCCUUCGAGGGAACGGGUUGAUGUUCUCCAAAUUCGAAGUUGAUGGGGUAAGUGGUUGAGUUUAAGUUUGGCAUAGAUGCUAUGACACUAAAAAGGCCGUAAAAAUAUUGCUAGUUCUUUUUCUGGCGCAGUCCACAUAUCCAGCAAUCUUUUUUAAAAUACAAUUGUUUUCCACAAAAUACGACUAUUUUCCAUCAAUCACAUCUCAUAUUUCAGAAAAAAUACGAGUACGCCGGCCAUGCCGGGGUUGGAGGGCAGAACAUUAAACUGGAUUUGAACCAUGAUCUUUGUUUCGCUUAUGUGUCGAACGGCUUCAAAGCCGGCUUCGGCGAUACGGCCAGGACAUUUGUCGCUCUUCGCGAUGCCAUCUACCGAUCCGUUGCCAGGAUCGAAAGUUCUCAGGAAUAG